UCUCUCCUGUGUAUUUCCUCAAAGGUAUUAGAAAGGAUAGUUUUCAAUCAAAUCCUCCAAUUCGUGAACGACAAAAUAUCAAAUCACCAGUUUGGCUUCAUGCUUUAUCGUUCCACCCUCCACCAGUUACUCUUAUUUUUCAACUCUAUUUUCGAAUCUUCCAGAAAUUCCUCUCAAACUGAUGUCUUAUACUUGGAUUUCAAAAAAGCCUUUGAUUCUGUUGCCCACAAUGAGCUCCUAUUCAAGUUAUGGCACAUUGGUAUAACUGGUAAUGCUUGGAAGUGGCUGCUUGCAUAUUUAACUAACCGAAGUCAAUGUGUCUCUAUCAACUCUAAAACAUCAACCGCUCUCCCUGUGAUCUCUGGUGUUCCUCAAGGCAGCAUCCUUGGCCCUUUACUGUUUCUUAUCUACAUUAAUGACCUCCCUGAAGUUGUAUUGUCUUCUAAGGUCCUGUUGUUUGCGGAUGAUGCAAAAUGUUUCAAAUCCAUUUCCAACUUUUCUGACUGUAUGUGUCUGCAAGAUGAUCUAAAGAGACUAGCACAGUGGAGCUCUACCUGGAGUCUGCCAUUUAAUGAUAAAAAAUGCUCUGCUAUCUCUGUUCAUUCUGGACACCGUCACCCUCAAUUCUCCUUCUCCUACCAUCUGAACAACACCCAACUGCUAAGGAAAACAGCUCAUACCGAUCUAGGUGUUGUGUUGACUCCUGACCUCAAAUGGAGAGACCAUUAUGUGUCCAUUAUGGCUAAGUCUUAUAAAAGUCUUCUCGUCCGUUUACUGCCCCUG